CUCCUUAAGACUGCCAUCCCCCCGCUUUCAUACUCCCAAGCCAUCUUUUCCAUCUUUUGCCAUUCAAGCCCCCUUACUCCAUUUUUCCGAUGACUUGGUUCCCCCUGUUGAUCUCGACAUCACUACAAUAUAAACAUCUUCCGUCCCCUAGUCCGUAUCAGUAUUCAAUGUGCACCACGUAAACAACCACGAGAACAUCUCGCCUACAGUCCACACGUGGUCGUCCGACUUGCUUCCAAAAUCUCUGGACUCCUCAUCUCUGCACACACUUAUGCACCGAAACUUCCAUCUGCCUGCCCUGGUAUAGCCAGACCUCCUCUUCCCAAACCUCGAUCCAUCUGGUCCUCUCCAAUUUUCCGUCACAAUGGCAAUCUUCGAUGUCUUCCGGCGAGCGGACCGACGCAAGUCGAUUCUCACCCCCUUGGACGCCUCCGGCCAAUCGACGGGCCAGAUCAACAAUGGCUCGCGGACAUCAUUGAAGUCGGACAAAUCUUCAACCAACUAUUCCUUCAAGUUGACCAAGUCGUUCUCUUGGAAGUCACGCACCGACAGCCUCAGCCAGACCAGCAACAAUACGCACAGCAGUUGUACCGAAAGCGGCGAAGAAUGCGGCAUCGCCAACACGCUCGAGCGUCCCGAGAAGGGGGUUCCUUCGUGGCUAAAGAAGAAUAACAAGAAGAAGCAGAGAGAGGCAGACGAUGACCCUCGCGAAAAGCCCCUGACAGCCGUCAACCUCGUCCACCAGGAGAUGCUGAGCCAGUUCACCUGGACUUUCGGAAACCGGCGAGACAGCAUCGGCGACCGGUCCAGCCUCUACGGCGACAUCAGCCCGGGAACAUCAAGAUUGCCCAGCAUGGACGGAGGCAGCAGGCCCCUACCCCCUCGUCACCCCAGCUCCGAAGUCCAGCACCAACAACGCCUUCACGACAUGCAUGACCAAGAUGACCAAUUCUUGUCCCCCUAUGCUCCUAUGCGCCGAAGGGCAGCAUUGACCUUCGACUGAGAUCGAAGACACCUCUUUUUUUCUUUUCUUUUUCUUUUCCUCUUCCCUUUUGUCACCUCAAAUCAACUUUCCCUCUUCUCUGAGAUACCCCGACAUUUUCACAAUUACAUUUUUGGAAUGCAACCAGCUCGAAAAACCCCCCUCCUGCUGGUGGUCCGCAUGCCUUUACCGUAAUGCCCUACACACGGGUGCCACAGCUGAUUGGACCAAUGUCCCCAAAAUGGCACACGACACAUGCAUCAAGAGCCGACGAAAACGGACUCCCUGGCGAUUGGCGAUUUGCGAUUUGCAUCUUAAUUUUCUGGUCGGUCUUUACUACCUUCCACAACCAAAAGUCUGAAGGAAUAGAGAGUCCGCGAGUGUUUCACAGAUACAUCCUUGACAGGGAUAUUAUCAAC